CAUACAAAGGAUCAAACAGGAGCAGGACCUCAGAAUUUUGACCCUUUCUUACAAAUGGAGGAACACAAAGAUGCUCAACACUGUUUUCAUAACUCUUCUUGCAGGAAGGCUUCGCUAUCGACAUCUAUAUACAUAACACUGUACAUUUUGUUCUCAUUAAUUUCAGCGGUUACAGUAUUUUUGAACAUACUGGUGAUCAUCUCGAUCUAUCACUUCAAGCAGCUCCACACUCCAACCAACCUGCUCAUCCUCUCUCUGGCUGUGACAGAUUUCCUGGUGGGACUGAUUGCGAUACCAGUAGUGACUGUGGCAGUAAUGGAAUCAUGCUGGGUUUUUGGGAAAUAUUUCUGUGUGUUUUUUCUCUUCAUCGGUUACUUAAUUAUUUCUUUAUCUCUGGGCAAUUUGGUUUUGAUAUCUAUUGACCGUUAUGUAGCUGUGUGUUAUCCCUUGUUGUACCACUCAAAAAUAACAAUACCAAGAAUUAUCUGUUGGAUAUUGAUUACCUGGUGUUGGUGUAGCAUAUACAAUGCUGCUAUUUCAAAUAACUCUGUAACUCUACAGGUACCCAAAAUGUGUUUUGAAGAAUGUUUUAUUUUUGAAGGAUUUAACUGGAGUAAAACCAUUGAUUUUGUAAUUAUAAUGGUUGUCCCAUGCUAUAUUAUUGUAACACUUUAUUUCAAAAUAUUUAUCGUCGCCAGAUCACAGGCCAGAAAGAUAUUUUCAAAAGAGACUGCCACCAAGUCUGGUGUUAAAACUGUACUGGUGAAUAAGACUGAGAGAAAAGCAGCAAAAACACUAUCUAUUGUAGUUUUCACCUAUCUCACUUGUUGGAUUUCAAUUUUUUUUCUACAUUUUUUUUUUCUACAAUCAUUAACUUACUUACUCUUGCUGCCAUUUCUUAAUUCCUUAAUUAAUCCAAUAAUUUAUGCUUUCUUUUAUCCAUGGUUCAAAGCGAUAGCUAAACAUAUUUUAACUCUAAAGUUAAGGCGUUUAUAGUUCCUACAUUUUUAUUCAAAAGUUUGACAAACACAGAUUUGAUAAUGUUAUUUUCAAACUAUACUGUUGUUGUAAUUGUUUCUUUCAUAAUACACUUACAUUACUUAUCUCAGUUAGCUGUUGUUAUUAUAGAUACAUUUGGUGUUGAUUCAGAAUGUGGUGUUGAUACAGCAUGAUUUGGCUGUAUUGGAUUGUAAUGACAUGUUAAUUGCCAAAGGCAUAAGCUUGUUAUAAAGACAUUUUAGUUAUUUUGGGAUGUACAUUCCAAAGACCAAAGUCUGUGUUUGUUCCAUGUUAUUUAAUGAUAAAUAGUAUGUAAGUAUUCUAAAAGUAAAGUACAUUUUGAGGACGUCAUGAAUCAAUCCAGAUGUUA